UCUAUCAAUCGAAAUAGUAAACAAAAACAAACAAUUGCUUGGGAUCGACGCUGAUUCUGUAAAGCAUAGAUUUCUUCUGGGAAAAAUUUAUUUCAUUCCUCAAAAUAUUAUUUUAAAUCCAAAUAUCCCCCAUUCUUUUUUUUAUCAUAAUGUUCUAGAUUGACAUUCUUUAUUUAAAUCUGAUAAUCUCUUUUGUCUGGUCCUAAGCACACAAGUUCAACCAUAAUGUUUCAGUUAAUUUUAGUAUAAUAAUGGAUCCUGAUCUUUUUAAUGAAUUUGUGUCUACUGGUGAUAGUCCUCAUUUAGGACGAAAUGUCGUUAUUCCUUCAUCUUCAGAGCAAGAAAGCAACGUUUCACCUUUUUUUAACUCUAAUAAGCCUACAAUAAAUGAAAAGCGAGCAGAACGGAUUAAUAAUGACGUCUAUCGAGAAAAGUAUAAAAAAUUAAAAAAGUCUGUCAAAGCUUUUAUCUUUGAAAAUGCUGCUCUUUGUGAUGAAGUGGCUAAAAUGCAAGAAAAAUUAGCUGUAGCAAAAGAAGAGCGGAAGUUUCUAUUGAAAAAAUUUCAAAGUUUUCAAUCAUCAAAAGAUGGUUCAGCUCAAACUAAUACUUCUAUGGGUGUGAAUAAUGUUACAUCAACUUUGGCUAAGAAUAUGAAUGGUGAUGCUGCUGAUCAACCAAAGAAAAAGAACCCUACUAAAAAACGACCACCACCUAAAAAUGCUGAACAAGGUGCAAAACCUAGACCUAAAAAGAAGAAAGCUGCAGCUGAUAAACGGAUUAUAAUGCAAAUACCUUUAGAUGCUGCUGGGCGUCCUAUAUUUCCUAUUAUUUUAGGACCUUUGACAAUACACAGUUUGGGAGUAAUUGUAACUGAUAGACCUGGGUAUCAUUCAGAGCAAUGCAUCUAUCCCAUCGGCUUUUGUAGUUCUCGUACUUAUGCAAGUUUAAAAAAUCCUCUAGUUCAAUGUUUAUAUCAGUGUACUAUAACUGAUAGUCCAUACGGACCUCGAUUUGAAAUAACUCCAGAGGAUGAUCCGGGUAGAUCUCUAAUUGGUAGUUCCCCUAAUGAAGUUCACAGUGCUCUUUUAAGAACUAUAAAUGCAGUCUGUGGCAAAGAAGUAGUUUGCAGUGAAGGACAAGGAGCGAAAUUUUUUGGACUCUCUCAUCCAACGGUUCAAAAUUUAAUUCAGAGUUGUCCUGGAGCUCGUAAAUGUUCUGAGUACCGUUGGGUGCAGUUUGAAGUUGUGAAACCUGCUGAAGGAGAAGAAAUACCCCUUCCCAAAGAUUAUGAUCCAACAAUAAAUUUCGAUGUGCUUCUGCAUGUCGUAAAAGAAAGUUUACAGGCCUGAUUUGCUUCUGUCUGCAUGACCUUUUAUUUGGGUUUGGUUGCAGUUUAAACUGUACUUACUGUAUAUAGAUAAUUGUAAAUGAAUUUUUAAAGAAAAGAGAUAAAAUGCUUGUUUUUAA